GGAAGAAAACCUGCAGGACUGACGUCACUCGGGAUUAGGUUGGUUUACUUUCUGUUCAACAUUUAAUCUUGUAAUCAUGUUUUAUUUUUAUAUCAGCGAAAAUGUAGACUAUAGUUGAAACAUUUGAUCGUGAUCUGAAUAUUUAGAGCUACUAAAGAUUAACCAGUCUUUAGGGCAGUUACUCACAGAUGACGAAGCUGCAUCAGAUCUCCUUAAAAAAUGUGUAAUUGUUAUAAAACUCAGAUUUUAACGAAAUUAAACUUGACUAAAAAGCGAAUAUUAAUACUUCUGGAUUGAUUUGGGUUUUGUGUUAAAUUCGGCGUAUCAAAGAGAGUGAUUUAUGAAAUUUCUAAAUGGAUUUAUUCAUUCCUCAAGACUCAGUCACUAUUUUGUGUUGGUGUGAGAUCAUUAGACAGACUGAUAAUACACCUGGAUAGGCCUGCUGUUGAAAACUAACCACACCCGAAUUCACGGCUAGACACUUAAUAUCAGAACCGUAUCUAACCAAAGUAUGAGAAAAGUAGCUUUUUAAAUUUGUAGUUGAGUCCUAAAUGUUCAUUUCUUUACUUUAGCAGCUGUUGCUUACCAUGGUGAUUUAUUCUAAACAGUUUCCCCCUUUUUUUCAGUGAAAAAUGAAGACUCUGAUUGUGUUUGAUUUUGACCACACUGUGGUUGAUGACAACAGUGACACUUGGGUGAUAAGGUAAAUUAGAAAUAAAGUUGGCUCUGUAAACUGGACAUAAUGGCAAAUACUUUUUGGUUCCUCUCCCCUCAGAUGCCUUCCUGAUGAGAAACUUCCUGACUCUGUAAAAAACUCCUACAGAAAAGGUCACUGGACAGAAUUCAUGGGCCGAGUGAUGAAAUACAUAGGUGAGAAUUUUUUAUCUUUUAUUUAUAAUGAGGCAUUACAUAGGAACUAUUCAUGGCAACAGCCUGUAAAAUUUCAACAGCAGAUCAACACUGUAUAGAAGAGACUACUGCCCUGAUUAUUGGCUCCAACAAAAUAAUUAUCUAAUUUGUACACAGGUAAGAGGAGUGUUUCUUUUCCUCUAAUAGUUUGCCACCAUCAAUAACAGGUGCAGAUUAUGAUUGCAAUUUUAUUUAUGUAUUUAUUUAUUUUUUGCUCUGUGUACAUCAUUCACUGGUCAACGCACCUUUCUGUUUAAAUACAAUAUGUGUCAAAUAAACGUCAAAUAAAAGACUGACUAGAUAAGAAAAAAAAGGUAAUACAUGCUUAAUCAAUAUACAAAUUUAUCUCCAAGGGGAGCUCCAAUUUUUUUUACUCCAAACUGCAUGGAUAAUUUUGAAGUCAUAUACAGUCUGUGGUGUUAUAACAGUUGUACUGUUUCUUUAACAACGUUAACAUUGCCAGAACGUCUCUGGCUGGCACCUUUUUUGGUCAGUUGAGAAGACGGGUGGAUGCCAUUAAUGAGCUCCCAUAAUUUCUUUUUCUCAACUCAGUUAACAGUGAGUACCGUGACACCCCUUUGUCAUGUCUGAUAUAGCUAACAUGGUGUUUAAUAACAGAACAACAGCCGUUAAGUGCCAAGGAAUCUUUUUGUGGACAUGCCUUUUUUUUCCCUGCUCAAACCACCACUCAUUAGCAAACUGUUCCAGUGUAUAUGGACAUUUUAUGUAUUGUCCCAUCUUCCAUGAUACUGGGGUUGUAUCAGAGAUGAGGACUUGAGCUUGAGAGUUGGACUGGAGAUCUUCAAUCAUUUUUAGCUAACCAAGAUAAAGGAAAGACAUUUAAAAUAAGAUAAUAUAAGAACUAAAUUGAUUGAUAAAUUGAUUGGGGGGGGGGGCAGUAAAAAGUGACAUGCAUACUGUUGAAAUGAUAAGAGAAUUUUUUAACUUUUUUUUUUUUCCAUCUGUCCCUCCAGGAGACCAGGAUGUGAGUCCUGACAGAAUCCAGAGUGUGAUGGAGACCAUCCCUUUCACAGCUGGAAUGACUAACCUGAUGACUUUUAUAUUGGAGCAUAAGAGCAGUGUAGACUGCAUCAUCGUCUCUGACUCUAACAGCCUGUUCAUUGACUGGAUCCUCCAGGCAUCUGGUCUCCAAGCAGCCGUUGAUCGGGUCUACACCAACCUGGCCAAGUUCAACGAGCUGGGGUACAUGGAGGUGCAGUGCUGCCACUCACAUGACUGUGACCGAUGCCCUGUAAACCUGUGCAAGAGGAAAAUCCUGGAGUUGUAUCUGUCAGAACGGUCUGAUGGAGGUGUGAAGUAUGAGAGGAUAUUUUAUGUGGGGGAUGGUGGGAAUGAUCUCUGCCCAACUUUCUGUCUGAGAGGAAACGAUAUUGUGAUGCCCAGGAAAGGUUACGCUCUGGAGAAACUGCUGGCCAGACUUGAAACUCAGAAAGGCGACAGUUCUCCAAGAGCUAAAGUCAUUGUCUGGAGCAGCGGCACAGAGAUCCUAGAACAAUUAAAAGCCAGUAUGUAGUCAUAGCAAAGGCCAUAAAGUUCAAAUUUAAUCAUCUGCUAGUUAGAGAAAUAUUGCAUUUAUUUAAAUUGCUGCUCCUUAAUAAAUUAUGAUUUGUUUGUAGAAAUCCCUAGAGAAAUUCAAGCUUGUGUCUUUAAAGUAAAAAGAGAGAAACAAUCCACACACUUCUGGUCUGUUGCAAAAAGAAGGGCUUUACUGAAGCAAGCUUUCGGUCGGUUAGACCUUCAUCAAGGCAAAGUGCAGGUUACAAACAGUGCUAGGGGUUAAUAUGCUUGAUUAGCAGCACCUGUCAGCAGUGAAUCACUCUGGGUCAGUAGAGCAUCAUGGGAAAUGCAGUCAGCAAAGACAUGAAACAAACAGAGAGGAAAAAAAGAACAAGUUCGUGCUGUGUACACAUCAGGCUUUAGCCAUCAUAAAACAAAGCACAAAAAGUUCAGAAUUCAAUAGUUAAGUUAUAUAAACACACUCAUGUCAAAAUCCUUGUUUAGACCUGAUGGUUGUAGUGCAUCUAAAGUAUAAGUAGUAAGUAUAAGUAGUUCCCAUUGGCAUAAUUUCCUGUCGACGUCACCCCCUCUGUGUAAGGUUACUUGUUCUAUACCCUGAAAUCUAAGGGAAGCGAGAGGGUGUGACAGAUCAUUAAAAUGACAGGCAACAGGAUAGUUUUCAUCUCUUCUCCUAAUGGAGCUCUUAUGUUCACUUAUCCUUUGUUUCAGGGGGCGGGUGGUUUUACCAAUGUAAAUUUUGUCACACGGACAGGUCAACAUAUAGAUAAAAUUUUUUGUAUUGCAUGUGAUUAUUCCCCUGAUUCCAAAGCUUUUUUCCUCUCUGUUUGUUUCAUGUCUUUGCUGACUGCAUUUCCCAUGAUGCUCUACUGACCCAGAGUGCUUCACCGCUGACAGGUGAUGCUAAUCAAGUAUAUUAACCCCUAGCACUGUUUGUAACCUGCACUCUGCCUUGAUGAAGGUCUAACCGACCGAAAGCUUGCUUCAGUAAAGCCCUUCUUUUUGCAACAGACCAGAAGUGUGCGGAUUGUUUUUCUCUUUUUACUUUAAAGUUUCUGCUAAUCCUGCACCUUCUCUCCAGAUUGAGCUGUGACCCUUCACUAUUUAAGCUUGUGUCUUGAAAAUAGAGGCAAUGCUUUUCAGAAGUUAUUAAUCAGUCUACAGCCCAGCACAAAUGUGCUGGACAGUUUUGUGUCUUUGCGGCUGAGAUCCCUCUUCUUCCUGUGUGCUGUGAGUCUCUGUUCUGUGCAUUGUCACAGCCAUUACACCACUCACACUCACAGCAGCAUUGAGCAGGUUCAGGCUAAGAAUAUUCUAUUUUAGUGUGUUUCACCAAUUUAACAUGAGAAAAAAUUGCAGCGUUGAAAAAGUCAAAACAAAGAUCAUUCAUAGGAAUUUAGCCAAAGGUUCUGACUUUUCACCCAAAUACACUCAGAAAAAAUCUGCUCAGUAGCUGCAGGAGAGUUGGGUUUCAUGUCCUCUAAAAUAAUGGAGCUAUGGGUAAAGAAACACUGAACGAACACACCAGUGAUCAUCCUCCAAUCUCAAAAGUUUAUUUGAGAGGGGAGGGAGUGAUGUCAUGUGAUCUCUUUUAUAGUUUUUUUUUUUUUUUAUCAGUUCCUGAGCUUCAGACUGUUGAUAGGAACAGACACAACCACACACCUCCACUGAUUCGUGAAUGAUAGUUCAGAAGAAAUAUUUGAUUUUGUUUGCUCAUACAUUGAGGGUAAAUCUUGUCUAUUUUGUCUUUCAUUCCUGUGAGCAGCUUUUCAAGUGAUGGCCUGUGUUCAGUGACUAUUUCUACACAAUGUGUGUGUAGAAAUAGUGUAAAACAUGGAGGUAGUCUCAGUGAUGUUUUUACACAGUGCAGAGUACUGACAGUGGACAUCAUAUGGGAAAUAUUGGAUUCAAGUGUCCAAAAGUGUCAGUAAAGUCAGCCACGUCCCAGUCAUGCAAAACUUGUAACCUGGUGUGUAGGUUAGUGUGUACAGUUAGUGAAAUAAGCUGUUUAGACGAAAACCUUUUUUUGAAGCAGGCAGUCAACAUGUGCAAUUUGGCUCUAUAAAAAGGCUUUUUUUUGAAUGGGUGACUUCCAGGGCUUUUGCAGCCAGCCUCAAGUGGACGCUCGAAGUACUGCAGUUUUGAGCACUUCCACAUGGGCCUCAUUUCUAAAGAUAGAUCAGAAGUUUAAGAUGAACUGUUCAUUAGUUGUUUCUGUGAUAUCUAAACGGAUCCAGAUCAGUACCACAUUAAAAGUUAAACUCUUGGUAUUGUCACCACUAUCACAGCAAAUUGACCUUUUUUCGUUUUCAUUCUUUGUGCUUCUUUAAUUUAUUCAGGCUGAAAAGGAAAAGAAGCAGCAUUGGAUCUGCUAAGAUAAAUUUUUUUCACAGCACGUGUGAGGUAAAUUGGUCAUUUUUGUCAAUAAAAAAUAGGUAUUUAAAGGCAGCAAGUCUCAGCUUGUCUUCAUUCAGUCAAGCUGAGACAGGCUUUUUAUUUGGCGGUUAGAAUUGCGAGGGAUAGUAUCUAUUGUGUAAUUCUUGAAGGCUCCAGAAACAGGCAACUGGACUGUGUAGAGUUGAGAAGAUGUUUCGCCUCUUAUGCCUAAGAAGGGGACAAACAACGACUGGGAGGAGUUGGGAAAAAUGGGUCAUAGAAACCCAUCUUCGGGUGUUCCCCCCCGAGGGUAGUUAACCUGAAAGGGUCGUUAACGACCCCUGUCAUGUGACCACAUGACACAUGACUGCCACCUGGGUCAUAUGGUCCCAGGUGUGAAUGUUUGUGGAGCUUCCUGGGGAGAGAGCUGAGAACUGCAUUUUAAGUGCCAGAGAGGUUGUGCCUGAGUCCACCCCCUCUGUUCAGAGAAGGUUUCUCCAGUCUGGUAAAGAUGGCUUCUUUAACUCCUCUUUCAAACCAUCUGUCUUCUCUAGCCAACACCUGUACAUUACUGUCCUCGAAAGAGUGACCCGUGCUCUUUAAGUGAAGGUGGACAGCUGAGUCCUGACCUGAGGAAGUGUUUGUCCCCUUCUCCAGUAAGAUAAGUAUCUGCUCCUCACACAAGCAAUAUUUAGAACUGAAGAAGCUUCUUGGAUAAGGGGCGAAACGUCUUCUUAACUCUACACAGUCCAGAUGCCUGUUUUUGGAGUCUUCAAGAAAACCAUGACCUGGAUGAAUGAGAAUCUACAUGGACAUAUCUAUUGUGUAACAUUAACAUUCACUUACCUCAGUUUCCUCUAUGGGAUGAAUAAAGUUAAAGAAGUGAAACAGCUGCUGAAACACUGCCCCGAGUUUAUAAAGAUGAAAACUAUGUAACGCUUGAACUUUGAAUACCUAUGUGUUUAUCAGUGUUGUUAGUCUUUUUCCUGUAAGCAUAACAUUGCAGUCAUUCUACUAAACUUCAGGAUUUGAUGAUGACUGGAAAACGACACACAUUUCACUGCUCUAAUAAGGUGAUGUCUCUGUUGAUUUUUACACCUAGUUAAUAUUUUUGGUCUUUAAAUGGUGCUUCAAUCAAGUGUUUGCCUGUUGAUGAUUUUGGCAGAUCAACAUCUUAGGUUUAAAGUUUGUAGUUAUUCAUGUGGCACUUUUUAAAAAUUGUUUGAACAAGGCUCGCAUAACUUGAUCAUGUUAACUCUGAGAUGACUUGAAUGACAGUAACUUAAAUUAAAAAAAAAAAAAAAAAAAAAAAAAUAUAUAUAUAUAUAUAUAUAUAUAUAUAUACUGUAUAUAUAUAUUUAAAACUAAAUGAACAAGUCCAUGUGUUUUUGGUCAAAAUAGUUUUAUCUAAUCCAACUGAAAUACUUUUUUUUUUUUUCAAAUCCAUCCACAUUUUAUGUUUUAAAGUUUGUUUAAAUUGUGUUGUUAGUCAUAUUAUUGGGAUUUAAUCCAAGUCAUUUUGUGCCAGUUUCAACUUCAUGGUUUUAUAGAAACAAACACUUUUGAAAGGUUUUGAUUAAAAAAAAAAAUGUCGUGAGACAACCUAUGAAUUAUUUUAUGUUCAUUUGAAGUCUUGUAAUUCUAACGAUGUGAUUAAAAUAAGGAUACUUCAUGCA